AUAUGUGCUUCUUUGCCGCAAGAGAGAGCCGUCGUUUCCCGCUUUUACAGAAUUCGAAUUAAUAAAUAGAAAUCCUAGAAUUGUGUUGUUUCAACUUAAUAUGUGUGCUGUUCUUAAGAUCAGUAACCAUUGGUUAUUGACCUCAAAAAUAGGCCUCGGUGUAACACUUGAUAUACCUUAAAUUAUUCGAAGUUAAUACACACACAAUUUCGAUGUUAUAAUAUAUAUUUAUUUAAAUAAACUUUAGUACCAAUGGAACGUAUUUGUCAUAUUUAAUUCGUUACAUAUGUUGAAUAUAAAAUCCGAUGGGAGGAGCCAAUAAUUGCCAUAUCAAAUGUGUAUGUUUAACACAACAUCGAUGAAUGUACGUGAAUAAUAAAUGCCGAAACAAUAGAAUUUCUUUCUCAUUAUAGUUCCAUUUAUCUGUAAGAUAAAAGGUCGUUGUCGCAAAGAUAUCUCUACUUACUACCAAGUGAGAAUUUACGGACAAUUUAAAUAAAAAUGCGAUUAGUAAUCUGUGAUACAGUAGAUUAUGUGGCAGAAUGGUCUGCCAAAUAUGUUUUAAAAAGAAUCAAUGACUUUCAACCAAAUGAAAAUAAAUAUUUUGUUCUUGGUCUUCCAACAGGUGGUACACCUUUGGGAAUGUAUAGGAAACUUAUAGAAUAUUGUAACGCGGGAAAACUUUCCUUUAAAUAUGUAAAAACAUUCAACAUGGAUGAAUAUGUUGAUCUACCUCGAGAUCAUCCAGAGUCUUACCAUUAUUAUAUGUAUAAUAAUUUCUUUAAGCAUAUAGAUAUUGAUCCAUUGAAUGUACAUAUUCUUGAUGGCAAUGCUCCAGAUCUCGUAAAAGAAUGUGAUGAUUUUGAACGAAAAAUUAAGGAGGCUGGUGGUAUUGAAUUGUUUAUUGGUGGUAUUGGUCCAGAUGGUCAUAUAGCUUUUAACGAACCAGGAUCAUCUUUAUCAUCUCGUACAAGAGUAAAAACAUUAGCACAAGAUACAUUAGAAGCCAAUGCAAGAUUCUUUGGAAAUGACAUUUCUAAAGUUCCUAAACAAGCGUUAACUGUUGGUGUUGGCACAGUAAUGGAUGCUAAAGAAGUAAUGAUUCUUAUUACAGGAUCUCAUAAAGCAUUUGCUCUUUAUAAGGCAAUAGAAGAAGGUAUUAAUCAUAUGUGGACUGUAUCAGCCUUCCAACAACAUCCUCGAACAAUAAUUAUCUGUGACGAAGAUGCAACAUUAGAGUUACGUGUGAAAACUGUUAAAUACUUUAAGGCUCUUAGCGCAGUGCAUCACAAAUUAAUUGAAGCAGAUGGGGAUUCAAUCAUUCGCCAGAGAGUCCAAGAAAGUUAAAACAAUAGUUACUCCUAUUAUCGAGUAUUCUAUACCCGUAUUUUAUAAAUUUCUAUUUUCCUUUUUACCCAAUUGUAAUAUGUGGGAGUUCAUUGGUACAUAACAUGUUCACCACAUACUUCAACAAAUGUUAUUAUACAUGUAAAUUUUAUUUUUUAUAAAAUUCAAAUAACAUUUGUGCAUGUUACUUAAUGAACUACAUUUUGACAACAAUACUAUAUAAUAUAUACAUACGUACUUGUUUUAAUGAAACAUGAAUUAUUAUAUUGUUAAAACUUUUGUUCUUAUACUGCAAAAAUAUCAUAUUUUUGUAUCAUUAUACCUUGCCACAAAUAAAUGUUACUUAAUACUC